AUGACAAAUACCAUAUACCUGAUCACCGGAGUCAAUCGAGGCCUUGGACGAGGACUACUCGUAAUAUUCCUCUCUCGUCCCAACACCACCGUGAUAGCCGGAGUCCGGGAUCCCACUUCCCCAAGCUCUCAAUCACUGCAGACCAUGUCCAGCGGGACACCCUCCAAGCUGAUUAUGGUAAAAAUCGACUCCGGGUCGCCUACGGAUCCUGCAGUCGCUGUCCAGCACCUGCAAGUCCAAGAAAUUGCCCAUAUCGACAUUGCAAUUGCAAACUCCUAUGGCAAGUAUCGGCGGCAUGGAACAGAGACCGUACUCUGGUGUAACGUACGGACCAAGUUCACUGCGACUGAUAUGGGAACCGCUCCUGCCCGUAAGGUUGGACUGGAGAAGCCGUUCCAGACGGUGGAGGCACUCUAUACUCGCCGUUCCCACGGAACUCUCAGACAACGGCCCAACUUCCUCGGAGGAUGA